AUGGAACAGCAGUUUGAACCUAAACCGAGGCCUGAAAUUCAAGCUGGUAUUUAUCCCACUGAGGUUAUUCGUGACGUAGCCGAGAGCGUCGGUAUCACUGGUUUAACUGACAGUGUCGCAACGGGCUUGGCUGGCGAUGUAGAAUACCGCAUCACUCUUGUCAUUGAGGAGGCAAACAAGUUCAUGAAGCACUCAAAGCGCUCCACGCUCCUCCCUUGUGACAUUGAGAACGCGCUCAAGGUCCUCAACAUCGAGCCCCUCUACUCCCCGCACCCUGCUUCCUCAGUGCCUACUUAUAGGAGAGUCCCUACCUCGGCUGGCCCCGUUUUCGCUUUGGAAGACAAGGAAAUCGACUUUGAGAAGGCUUUGAGGGAGCCCCUCCCGAGACUCUCCAAAGGUCCUUCCUACACUGCUCAUUGGCUGGCCAUCGAGGGUGUUCAACCACUCAUCCCCCAGAACCCCGCUCCUGUUGACGCUGCUCCUAUUCAUCAACUCGCUCCCGCUCAACCUGCUCUGAAUAAUAAUUCCUCAAACCCUAAUCCCUCCUCAUCCACCACCAUUCACCCCCCAGUCAAGCACCUCCUUUCUCACGAACUGCAGCUAUACUACAUUAGGCUCACCUCCGCCCUUCUCUCCCCCGCUUCAAAUGCUUCCGAGGCUAGACAAGCUGCCCUCGCCAGUUUGCGCGGUGACCCUGGUCUCGGCGGUCUCGUUCCAUACCUCGUUAGGUUCGCCGCGGAGAAGGUCUCAACUAACUUGUCCAAUGUUGAUAUCGUAGACGCCAUGCUUGGUGUCGUACAUUCUCUCAUAGAAAAUCAAACUCUCUUCAUCGAACCUUACCUACACCAGAUCCUCCCAUUGCUCCUAACUACCCUUCUCACCUCUUCCUAUCCUGCCCCUCCUAAUCAGCACGCCCUUUGGCUACGUCAAAAGUCAGCAUCACUCAUCUCUAGGCUUCUCCAUGAGUACGGUAGCAGUUACCCUACUUUGUCAGGAAGAGUUGCCAAGACGCUCCUCAGUGCACUCAAGGGUGACCAACACUCCGUUGGUGAGAUUGCUUCUCGUGAUGUAGGAACUAGAAUGGGUAGCUUGUUAGGUCUUAUGGCGGUAGGAAAGCACACGGCAAUCAGAGCACUCAUUCAUGACAGCGGUAUUAAAGGUAUUAGUGAGCUCACUGAGUCGCUCGACCAAGAUGCAAGGUUGCAGGUCGUCGAUACCGUUGUUGAGGUGCUCAUUCAAGUAUUGCCAGAAUCCAAGGCUGCAAAAGUUGACUCUAAGCACAUUGAAAACCUCUGCGCUCAAGUCUGCGGCUCUAUCAUUACCUCUCAUGUAUUCCUCAAAAAGCCGGAACUAGCGUCAUCGAUAGUGUCAACUUUGGAGGAUGAGAAAUUCGUUGAGUGA